GAGGAUUUAGAAGGGGCGGGGUGGUUUGGGACGGUAGUUUAAUUACGUGCCUGGGAAUAGUGUCGAUUUGUGCUCUAGCGUUUGAAGAAAAGUGCUGUUAACUUGGAGUGGGGCCGGUGGUGGGUGAGGCGAAUGUACUGUUUUGAAACCGAAGGGCUGUAAGCGCUUCCCCCUUUCUCUAAACGAGGCCGUCCGGCGGGCUCGGCAGCCGCCUCUGGACGGUCCGGAGAGAACAUGGCGGCGCCCGGAGCCCGGAGCUGCAGCCUGUCGGGCCUGCUCCCGGCUCAGACCUCGCUGGAGUACGCCCUGCUCGACGCCGUCACCCAGGAGGAGAAGGACAGCUUGGUCUACCAGUAUCUGCAGAAGGUGGACGGCUGGGAGCAGGACUUAUCAGUGCCCGAGUUUCCGGAAGGAUUAGAAUGGCUGAACACAGAAGAAUCUAUUUCUAUCUACAAGGAUCUCUGUGGAAAAGUGGUCGUCCUUGAUUUCUUCACCUACUGCUGCAUCAACUGUAUUCACCUCUUGCCUGAUCUUCAUGCAUUAGAACACGCAUACUCUGAUAAAGAUGGUCUUCUGAUUGUUGGAGUUCACUCGGCUAAGUUUCCAAAUGAGAAAGUCCUGGAUAAUAUUAAGAGCGCUGUUCUUCGGUACAACAUCACCCACCCCGUGGUUAAUGAUGCAGAAGCCAGCCUUUGGCAAGAACUAGAAGUUUCCUGCUGGCCAACCCUGGUCAUACUUGGACCCCGUGGAAACAUGUUGUUUUCUUUGAUUGGAGAAGGACAUAAAGAUAAAUUAUUUUUGUAUACUUCAAUAGCUUUAAAGUAUUACAAAGACAGGGGACAGAUCAAAGAUAAUAAAAUUGGAAUAAAGCUCUACAAAGAUUCUUUGACACCUUCACCAUUGCUGUUUCCUGGCAAAGUAACAGUAGACCAUGUUACUAACAGAUUGGUAAUAGCAGACACUGGGCAUCAUAGGAUUUUGGUCGUCUGGAAGAAUGGACAAAUUCAGUACACCAUUGGAGGACCCAACCCUGGAAGAAAAGAUGGAAUAUUUUCAGAGUCAACUUUUAACUCACCACAAGGUGUAGCCAUAAGGAAUAAUAUCAUAUAUGUGGCAGAUACUGAAAACCACCUUAUAAGAAAGAUUGACCUAGAAGCUGAGAUGGUGAGCACUGUGGCUGGCAUUGGAAUUCAAGGUACAGAUAAAGAAGGUGGAGCUAAUGGAGAAGAACAGCCCAUUAGUUCCCCUUGGGAUGUAGUUUUUGGAAGGUCAGGUUCAGAGGCCCCAGGAGAUGACAUUCUGUGGAUAGCAAUGGCAGGGACGCAUCAGAUAUGGGCCCUGCUGUUGGACUGUGGCAGACUACCAAAGAAGAAUGAGUUAAAAAAAGGAACCUGCCUUCGGUUUGCUGGAAGUGGAAAUGAAGAGAAUCGAAAUAACGCAUAUCCUCACAAGGCAGGUUUUGCCCAACCUUCAGGUCUUUCUGUGGCCUCAGAAGAUCCCUGGAGCUGCCUGUUUGUGGCAGACAGUGAAAGCAGCACAGUGAGAACCGUCUCGCUGAAAGAUGGAGCAGUGAAGCACCUCGUGGGAGGAGAGAGGGAUCCCAUGAAUUUAUUUGCUUUUGGUGAUGUUGAUGGAGUAGGAAUCAGUGCAAAGCUUCAGCACCCACUUGGAGUAACUUGGGAUGAGAAAAGGAAUUUACUUUAUGUGGCAGACUCUUACAAUCACAAGAUUAAAGUUGUGGAUCCCAAAACAAAAAGCUGUACAACAUUAGCAGGAACUGGAGAUGCAGGUGACACAAUCGGCUCCAGUUUUACCAAGUCAACUUUUAAUGAACCAGGAGGCUUGUGUAUUGGAGAGAAUGGUCAGUUAUUAUAUGUAGCAGAUACCAAUAACCAUCAAGUUAAAGUGAUGGAUUUAGAAACAAAAACGGUUUCUGUGCUCCCAGUCUUCAGAUCCGAAAGUGCCGUGGUGGAUGGCCCAAUCCUAGCAGAAAAACGGACAUUACCCAAACUGCCUAAAUCUGCUCCGGGCAUUAGACUUUCCCCAGUGGCUGCAUCUCCAGGACAGACUCUUCAGUUCAAGCUAAGAUUAGACCUCCCAUCAGGAACAAAGUUAACUGAAGGAGCACCCAGUUGCUGGUUUCUGUCAGCUGAAGGCAAUGAAUGGCUUCUUCAAGGACAGAUACCAUCUGGAGAGAUAGAGAGCAUUUCCAAUCAACCAACAAUCUCACUGCAGAUUCCUGGAGACUGCGUAUCUCUCGAAGUCGUUCUGUCUAUCAGCGUGUUUCUUUAUUACUGUAGCACAGACAGCAGUGCCUGUAUGAUGAAGGGAAUUUUGUUCAGUCAGCCUUUACAAAUAACCAAUACACAACAAAGCUACAUAGCACCAGUAGAACUCAAGUACAUAUUUUAGCAGGCUGGCACACAGCCCAGUGGCACCUGUUCUCCAGUCCCCACCAAAACUGUAAUUUCCACCUCUGGAUACCCAGAAACCCAUUGUUUAUUUCUAGUAACUGGUAUGAAAAUGCAGCUAUGCUCCUUAUUUAAUUAUUUAUUAUAAAGAAUGUCCUUCAUUCUUGGCUGUGUACCAGCUAAAUCUUUGACCAUGAUUUGAACCGUGAUUCUGUAAUCUAUGCUGCUAUUUGGCACAAGACUUAAGUCCACGUUAUAGGACAAAAUAUUAUCUGUUAGGAGAUAAUUUGCAGUGAAUACUGAUAAUAAUGAUACCAAAUAUUUUAACUCUUUGUACCUUUAUUAAUAUCAAGCAGCACAUCUGAAUAUGUAAAUUUCACAGUAGCUUUAAACAACAGAAGUUAAGCUCCAGUACGUGUGUUGGUAUAAGGACACCUCCCAUUCAAGGCAUAGAUCUGUUUUAAGCCAAAAAGUCUUUUCAUCAUAAUAGAAAUUUAAAGAGUAGCUAUGUGAUAAAUAUGUUCUUUGUUCUCUUCUGCAGUUUUCUCAUUUGAGAUGUAUUUAAAAGAGAAUUUCAACCUAUUUUUGUUAUAAAUUAUUUGCUAUUUUAAUGGUAUGUUAAAAUUACUAAUUUCACCAUUACUAAUGAUGGUGUGUUAAAUAUUCUAUAUAUUUCUAUACAGAAAAAGUUAAAGAUAGAGUCUCUAAGCACAUAUAGACUCAUUCCUUUAACCUUUCUGAAUGAACACAAUCUUACCAGAUAAUGAAAUAGAUCCACAAAAAUAUGACUUUCAAGAAGAAAAGGACUUAGGGACAAACACAUUAUUGUCUGUGAUGCCACUUAAUGAUAAAGAAUUAAUUGUGACAGCUGAAUCUGAUGUAAAUGGACAUGUAUAUUGUCUUAGAGAUUUAAGUUUUAAUUGAAGCAUUAAAUUCAUAUUCAUUGGAUUUUUGGGGUUUGGGGCUUCCAUAUUCAGCAUUUAAAUUAUAAUCAUUUAUUAUGUUUUGAAAAAUCACAGUUAAGCCUUCAAAAUGAAAAUUUCAAUGUGAAGCACUUUCAUGCUAUUACCAUGUAUAGUACACCUUAAAAUAUUAAGGCUGAAAUAUACAGCGAUUUGAUGACACUGUUUGGUGGGGAUUUUUUUAAUCUUAAGAGAAAUAGUCACCAGAAGAUAUUGAAAGUUUUUUUUUUUAAAUCAUCAUUUCUCUUAUAGCUAUUUUAAAAGCCUUUGCUUAUUUUUUACUAAAACUGAUUCAAUAUGUUUGUGGUUUAAUCAGCUUAUAAGAUUUUAAAAACAACAGGUGAAUCAUAUUUAUUCAGUAAAUAUUUAUAGACAAAAUAGCACAAUAUGCCUUCCCCUUUCAGAUACUCAAUUUGAAGUGUAAAUUUUUAAGCAUGAUCAUCUGCCCAUAUCUUUAUAUUUUUUUGAAAUAGAGUUUUGAACAUGCCAUUUUUUUUUUCUUUUUCAGGUUACCUAAAUCCGAAGUAAGGAAAUUCAUAGGUCAUGACACUUUUAUUUAAUUUGGAGCUUGCUAAAGCUAUUUUUAAAGAAAAGUAUAAAUGCAGAAGAAAAGAAAAAGAAGUACAAAUGUAAAGUUAAAGAAGUAAUUCCGUUUAAAAUUAUAUAUAAGUAACUCAUAAACCUUUUCUCUCUAUAAAAAAUGUUUUCUUAUAAAAGGGUGUAUAACAUUAAUAUUCUCUCUUAUGGAGAACAGGCCAUUUUUAAAUCUCAUUUGAUUAUUAAUAGUUCUCAUUUCCACCUGGACAGGAUAAGAAUAGUUUUGCUUAAUUUUUUCCUACUUAAGGAUAUAAACAAUUUCACUCUCUGAAAGAAGUAUAUACAGUUUUACUUGCUAAUUAAGGAAUGCCUGGUAACUAUUUUUUCAGUAUUAUACAUACAAAUAUAUCCAUACAGUAUGUAUUUUAAUAUACAUUAAAAUCCAAAAAUAUUUCUUAGAGUAUAUUAAUGUUCCUUUUGUCUAGACAGAGUCUGCAGUUAGUGUUUUUAAGUUUACGCAUUUCUUGACUUUCAAAGUAGUUUUAUUGACCAUUUUUAUUCUUACCUAGCCACCAGUCUGCAUUGUUUUUCAUAUUCAAAAUAUUAUUUACACGGAUUGGUAUGCUUUUUUUGUAAAUUAGGUUCCUAGAAUUUAUGACUAAUAUAAACCCUUUAAAUAAGAGGAAGCACUAGAAAGUUUAUUUUUAAAACUUCUUGAUUCCUGCCUGACUUCUGCAUAUUUUUUAACUUUUGCUUUUCUUCAUAUAUAAAUUAUUAUGUCCAGUGAUAGUUUUAAAAGAGUAAUAUUUUAAUGUUCAGUCACCAUAAUCAAAGUGCCAGUAAUGUGGCAUUACACACAUUUUGACAUAAUACCUGGAAUCUUUACCCUAAAUAAUUCUGUUGGUCUGUCCCUAUUUUUUCCUCCACUCUUUAUGUUAUUUAACAGAUGGUAGAAUUUUCUUUGCUGAAUUUAUACUCAGGAUUGAUAUGAUCUCUGACAAGAAUUUUGCUUAUCUUGAAUAUGCUGUCUCAAGCAAAUACUUAACUUCUUCACACGGGAAAACUUUAGCAUUUUAUCACCCAUAAGUGUAACUUUGGCAAAGUUACGGUUGUCGAUGACUGACAGUUUACUCCUUAACUAUUCUAAUAAUCUAUUUAGCUCUAGUGUUCCCAGGCCUGCAGAAAGCUAUAAAUCGUAACACAGCUUUAAAAAGCGUAUAUGUAGAUGAGUUUAUGUACAUAUGUUUGUGUUUAUGUACUUAAACGGAUACAAGGAUCAGUUCCUCACAUAGCCAGUAUUCUUUGGAGCUGGGACCACUGAAGUCAGUUACUUUCUGCUUGUUUUUCCAUCGUUGAAAAACUUGGGAAGACGUUAACACUGCAUGUCUCUGUAAUAUGACUUUCUGCUUGCCCAGUGUUUAGUAUUAUAUCAGCCAGUUAAAAAGACUUCAGUCUAGCCAUUAUAUUUGGUAUCAUGUUUAAGAACAAUCAUCAAAAACUAAAUUGCAUAGUUUACAGAUUACAUAAAAAUAUAUGUAGAGGGACUGUGAAGGACGGAAUUGUGAAUAUUUUUAUUUUCUACUUUGCUGUAUUUUUUUUUCCAUUGAACAAUGGAUUAUUUAAAAAAAAAAAAAAACUGGGUAUGUCCUUUAAAUAUUUCAAAUGAACCGAACAUUAAGCAGUUGUUAUAUAAUUAUAGCUUUUCUGAAGUCACUUUUAUUACCAAAGGUCAGAACACAGUUUAGAGCUCUUUGAUCUACCAGUUCUUUUAAGGUUGUGAUUUGAUGGAGACAGAAUGAUUGUGGCUUUUUCUGCUGGGGUUUUUGUUGUGUGAUGUAGUGUAGUGUCUGUGAGGACAGACUUUGCAGUUGCUUGGACUCUUAUCUACUCUAUAGGAUGGGGUUACUGUACUUGCCUCCUGGGGUUGCUCUAAAGACUCAGUGAAGUGGCGUUUAUAUAGCAAUUAGUAAAUGAUGAAACUUCUAGUUAUUGGCUUAGGUAAUAAUAAUGGUAAUAAUAAUUUAUGACCAUAAACACUUGGCUUCACAUUUUCUUUGCAACUGCAGAUUCUAAAGGAAACUAUUUCUCUACACACUGGUCUGUUAAUACUCUCCAUAGAGUGGGGUUCAAGAGGAGACAUUUUUGUUUUAUAAUAAACAUACUACUAUUUUAUCACUGAUGUUAUAAAGAAGCAUUCCUGCAAUUUUAUUUUUUAAAGUUUUUUAAGACCUUAGUUUUAAUGAAUAAUAAACUUCCUUUGAGAGGGUCCAGACAUAUUCUUCCUAAACCCCAUUCCUGGAACCUACUCUGAUGGUGCUUUACCAAAUCUUCCAAGUGCCUUCAUGCAUUUUUGCCUCAUUUGAGCUUCAAAAUAACCUUAUGAUGAGACAGGUAGACCUUAUGCCCAUUUUAGAUAAGGGAGCAGCCUUAGACUGUUGGGGACAUAUCUCAAGAUCAGAGCUCCCUGAAUAAUGAAUGCCCCAUGUUAGAGUGGUGACAGGCGCAAGCAGUUGCUCGGCCAAUUUUGCUGGAUGGCUAAGGGUCAAUCGUGAGUGAUGGAUCUUUAUUUGAAAACAGAUCUCCUAAUUCCUAGCUCUACUCCUAGAUGUAGGGUGAAAACAAACUGGAAUUAAGAGUACUUACUUUUGUGAAUGCUUUCUUAAGCCUCUGCAGUAUUUAAGUAAAGUAAUAAGAAUAAUAGCUGAAGUUAUUCAGUGCUUACUGUGUUCCUGGUACUUAGUUUCUAAGUGUUCUCUGUGUAUUAACUAAUUUAAUCCGUGUUCUCUGUAUAUUAACUAAUUUAAUUCUCACAGCCAUAUCAUGAGGGAGGUACUGUUUUUUCCCUCAUUUCCCUGAUGAGGAAACCAAGACACAAAGAAAUUAUGAGCAGUUACACCAGCAUAAUCAAGAUCUCACAUUUAGGACCGACCAAGCCUAGAUAUGUCCGCUUAACUACCAUGCUGUGUUGCCUGCCUCUCAAAGUGGUUUUUUUAAAAAAACAACAACAACAACAAAAAAAAACCCACAAAUCUUCCAUAGUUAUAUAUAGUAACUAGUCAGCCCAAAGAACCCAAAAAGUCCUAGUGGUGUUGUUUUUGAAAUUUAAAGCAAAUCCAUUUAAUUAUAUUAGCUUUGGGGACUUUUCUUUACACAUACUUAUCUUUCAGGGUUUGGAACAGCCUGUAUAAUUGUUUGUUUCCCAGAAGAUUUUAUGUACCAUUCUUUCUUAAAUUCAGAUAUUAGCCAGAGUUUUUCUUGGCAGGUGGAUGUCUUAAAGAAUUAAAUAGUUUUCAGUGUUAGUUCCAACAAUGCUAUUUUAGUUGGUCUUCGAAAGGUAAUUAUAAGACCUGGUCAUAAGUGUAACUGAAUUCUUAGCACAGCACUGUCUCAAACCCUAAAAACCUUAAUAUGUAAGAAAAUACUGUUUUGAUAACCAAAGUGAGCUCUAGAAAAAAUAUUCGGCCAGUCUGUUCACACAUGUUAAGUCACCUGCCUGCUUACUUCAUAAAUAAUACUGCAGUAUGUAGACCUCACCCCAGCUCACCUGCCGAGACUCAGUUAUAUGCAGUUCUAUUACAGUAAAGUUUUCACCAGCUCAGCCUAUUAUUCCAGCUUUAGGUACUAUUAAAAGGGAUGAGGUGAAAUGCUGCACACCACUAAUAAUGACUCCUGAUCAUCUAAAUACAAGAAUAUCUUCAUUUAAAUAGUUUGCUAAUUUAAAUAUUAAAAUAUCUUAAUAUUGCUAAAUAAUUGCAUUUCUGAAAUCCACGAGGGUAUGUACAUCAACUUAAAAAGGUAAUGAUUGUGUCAUAGUUUAAAUGCAGAAUUCACUGUUAGUCACCAAGAUUUCCUCCUCUUCCUCCUCCUGUGGCAUAGUUUCUUUAAGCAAAAAAUUCACACUGACCUUAAGUCACUAUUUUAAAUAAUUAAAAGUUUUCCCCCCGCUUUCCUUGCAGUAGGGUAAUAGAAAGCAUGGUAUGAAAAACCAGAGGCUGGACUGAUCUCUAUGUGUUCCCUGACCAACGGACCUUGGCCUUUUGCAUAUUAGACUGGGGAUCAGCCAAAUCGGCCAAAGCGGCCAGUCAGACCACAGCCUGGGAAAAGCAGAUCAGGAGGCAGUGCGGUCAGCUUCUCUGACUGCACCCGCUCCAUUUCUUAGUGCGCCGAUCUGGUUUAAUUUUUUUUUUCAAAGGAUAGAGUUGCAAAUGUUUACCUGCCUGUAAUUCUUCGUUGUUUAGUGUGUCCCUCUUCCUCGCUGGCGUGUGACUCUCAAAUUGGCCAAAGGACAUUUUGUUCUGUGAAAGCUCCCACUGACAAAA